AGGCUUUCUCCCUCCUCGUUUCGUCUUUCUCUCUCCUUGUUUUCUUAUCCUAAACCAGAAACCUGAAACACCUUGCUCCUAUUUCGCUCUCCUCAUGAUUUGGAAGAACCAAGUCGGGAUUAUCUGAAGCGUUUCGCCCCUACAUCGCGGGUCGGAUCGCCUCCUGCUGCAGUCAUGUCGUCGUCAUCUGCGAUGGCGACAUCGGGGCGUAAGAUCUGCUUCAACACUCAGUGCAAGAAGGUGAUAACGGAGCAAACUCGACGGAAAGGAUGGAAGCUGCGGUCCGGCGAUUAUUCCGAACUCUGUGAGCGUUGCUUCUCUAGUUUUGACCAUGGGAACUUCUGUGAGACAUUCCACUCGAAUGCUGCUGGGUGGAGGAAAUGCGAGUCAUGUGGCAAGAGGAUUCAUUGUGGCUGCAUAGUUUCAAUUCCUGUCUAUAUGCUUCUAGAUGUGGGAGGAGUUGAGUGCAUGGCCUGCGUAAGGAAUUCUUUUUCGGCAGUAUCAAAUCAGAUUAGCUCACCUCCAGUGGCUCUUUCUACUAAACUGCCUGAGAGAUCAAAAGCAUUCCCUGUUAAAAGCUGGAACCAAGUGUCUGGUUCAUUUCCAGGACAAUGGCGACAUCCGACUAACAUAUGGAAUUCAUCAAGUAUCCAAUCUGACUUGCACCAACGACUAUCAUAUGAGUUUGAUAGACCUAAUGCUGAGAGAUUGAUGGCCGGAGCACGUUCUUCUUUUUCUUCACAGGAAAAGAAAUCUGAAGACAUUCAUGAAAAGAUUGCAUCUAGUGGUCCAAAUCAUGUUGCUCAAGAUAUGAAUGGGGAAAACAAUUUGAUUACUAUGAGAAAAGUGAUGGCUUCAGAUCCUAGUACUUCUUGCUUCUCAGGUAUUAAAUUUGAGGCGCAUCAAAUUUCACAUGGAAGUUCAUCAGUGAAUUCAAAGGGGGACUCAAGGUCGUUAUUGAUGGGAUUGUCUGCUCCUUUCUCGCCUAUUAAUGGAACAAAUGAUCCAUCCCAGGUUUCAACAACACAACCACAACGACAAGUUGCUUCUUCCACUUUGUCCAAACAAUGUUAUCCCAAUUCUCUCAGCAGUAUUGACUCCACUAGUGAAUCACCAGCUCAUAUGCGCAAUGGAAAAGGUCGAUUCGAUCCUGGAGCACGGUCUCAUUUACUUCCUCGAUAUUGGCCUAGGAUAACAGAUCAAGAACUCCAACAAAUAUCUGGAGAUUCAAACUCUGCCAUAACUCCUCUGUUUGAAAAAAUGCUGAGUGCUAGUGAUGCCGGCCGUAUUGGACGUCUUGUGCUGCCUAAAAAAUGUGCUGAGGCAUACUUUCCGCUGAUUUCUCAGCCAGAAGGCCUUCCUCUAAAAAUGCAAGAUGCAAGUGGCAAGGAAUGGGUAUUUCAAUUUCGUUUCUGGCCUAAUAACAACAGCAGGAUGUAUGUCCUAGAAGGGGUUACGCCUUGCAUUCAAUCCAUGCAAUUGCAAGCCGGUGACACAGUAACAUUUAGCCGGAUUGAUCCAGAAGGAAAAUUGGUCAUGGGCUUCAGAAAGGCUGCAAACGUAUCUAAUAAUGAGCAGGACAUUCAAUCAGCUAAAGAUGGAAAUGGUGGUUCAACACCUUCAGAUGUUAAACCCAAUACUGUGGAUUACAUUGCAAUCCCUCCUCUUCUACCUCACAAAGGAAACAAAGAGUCAAGAAACCAAACAAAUGCAGCAGACAAAGCAAGCUGGUCAAAGAAUGACAAGUCUGAAUUUAUACUGAAGGAUGUUUGCGCCCCCAAGUUUGACAUUGCUCUUUGUAGAAGGAAGGGGAGCUUUCUUAUUUCAAAGAGUAAGCGCUUGAGGAUUGAAAGUGCGGAAUCAAUAGAGCUGAAAUUAACAUGGGAGGAGGCUCAAGUUCUACUCCGCCCUGCUCUUAAUUUUGCCUCUAAUGUUGUUAUUGUUGAAGGCCAUGACUUUGAAGAAUAUAAGGAAGCUCCAGUGCUUGGAUUGCCCAUGUAUUUCGCCAAAAAUCACGAAGGGAGUAUUAAUAACAGAUGGGCACAGUGUGAGGAUUGUUUGAAGUGGCGCAGGUUGCCGUUGGAUUCUCAUCCGAAUUAUAGGUGGACAUGUUCUGAUAACAAGUGGGACCCUAAAAGAUCCUCUUGCUCAGCUGUCCAGGAAAGUUCUGCAGAGAUUACACAUUUACUCCCCUCAAGAGCUGGUUCCUGCAAGAGAUCAAAUGUGAUAUUUGAGAAUGAGAAUGAGAAUGUAAAUGAGAAUGCUGAAGUCAUUGAUGGGCUUGACACGCUUGCCAACCUUGCCAUUCUAGGGGAAGGAAAAUCACAACCUUCUUCCUCCCAGCCAACAACAAAGCAUCCUCGCCACCGUCCCGGAUGUACCUGCAUUGUUUGCAUCCAGCCUCCCAGUGGCAAAGGCCCAAAGCAUAAGCAGACUUGCGACUGUAAUGUCUGCCUCACUGUUAAGCGCCGGUUUCGAACGCUAAUGCUCCGGCGGGAAAAACGCCAAUCAGAGAAAGAAGCUGUGAUAUCAUGGCCUCCACCAUAUCCUCUUCUUCAGAAUUCAGGUGCAAACAGCUCCCCUCAGAUGCCAAUUGAAAACAACGUUGUGGUCAAUGCUGAAUCUGAGAGGAAACGAACUGCACCAUCUCCUAUCAAGACACAGAUUGAUCUAAACUUGCAGCCUGAACGGGAGGAAGAACCAUCUCCAGUUGCUAAUUCUGUGAACUCUAUGAAUCUUCUUACUCCGAAUAUCUAAGGAUGCCAAGCAAGUCAAAACUUUAAGCAAAAGGCAACCAAGUUGGUGAUCAAAAUCUAUCCUGGCAAGGUAACUGCAUCCUCACAACCUUCAGUUUUCUGAGCUAGAGCAGCCCAAGCAUUGCAAUGCAUAGAGGAAGCUCCAUUCUUUUUCUUUUAGGCUUUGUUUGGGACAGCUUUCUUUCUGCUUUUUGAAGUGGCUUUCUUGUACAAAAAUUUAAAUUUUUAUUUUAGAAAGCUGCAGGAAGAAAGCUGCCCAAACGAAAUCUUAAUCGCUAAGAGAAUGGAGCUUGUAAAUUCCUGUACAACCUGAGGGAAGUUGAGCUAGCAAAAUCUAGAAGAUUUCAAUGUUUACAUAAAAAUUUAUGGUCAAUAGAAAAUCCUGACAUAAUUUAAUUUACCAAUGUGGCAAUGUCCCUAACCAUUGAUGCACCAAUGUUGAUAUUUUUGUAAAUACAGAAGCUAGAUUUACAGGCUAUAGCAUUUGUAGAUAGCAUUGUUAAGACCUUACUGUAUUAAUAUAUGAAAUGAAAUUGAAGGAAAGGGUUAAAAUGAGGUCUUUUUUCCUCUUGAAGGAGAAUUUUACAUGGCAGGUGAGGUUGUAUGUCUCCUCUAACUAUUCAGUAAAGAAGGAAUGCUGAAACUUUA